AUGGAUCCAUAUUAUUCUUCUCCAACACCAUAUUAUUAUCAAUCAACAUGUCCUUUACAUGAUUCCUCUUCAUCAUUUUUAUCUGAUUCUUAUAUUGAUCCUUAUUCAUCAUAUCCAUGUCAAUCAACAUCGUAUUAUUAUCCAGUAUAUAAUGAUCAAACAACAUCAUCAAUGGGUUUUUAUAAUAAUUCAACAACAAAUACAUAUGUUCAACCAACAUAUACAAUGCCACAAACAAAUGUUCAAGUUUCACCAGCAAAUAUUCAAGUUAAUCAUAGAACACAAUCAUUGAAUACAACUUUUGAAUCAGUCCCUCGAACAGGUCGUCGUCGACGUCAACGAACUAUUUUUUCCAAAGAUCAAGUUGAUAUACUCGAUCAAGUAUUUGAAAGAAAUCAAUAUCCUGACAUACAACUUCGUGAACAACUUUCUCAACAACUUGAUGUUCCUGAAGCUCGCAUUCAAGUUUGGUUUAAAAAUCGUCGAAGCCGUGCUCGAACAGCAACAAAGUCACAAUAUUAA